AAUGGCGUCAUCCAAGCAGCAAGAUAAAAUCGAAGAGCUUGAAGCACAAUUGAAUGAAGCUGAGGAUGUCAUAACAGAUCUUAGGGCAGAGUUGAAGCAUGUACGUCUUGAGUUAGAUAAGACAAGGAAUAGCAAAGUCCAUCCUUUAAAUGGACAGACUGUAAAGCACGUUGCUUCUUUUCAGGAGAGUGCAAAACCUGAGACUUCAGGAUUGUCUUCUAAUAAAGAACUUGAAUGUAUGGAAAGCUUUGAUGUGAAGAACAAAUUGUUGGCUGUGAAUGUUUUAGAUGAUAAGUGCUGUAAUUCAAAAGACCAAACUGAGCAGUUGGGAAUCUCUAAUUUGGAGGAUUAUUAUGGUCAUGACUCUGACUUUACUUCCAUCAUCAUGAGAACCAAGGAGGCUGAACUUUGCAGAAAUGGAUUUACUCAGAGAAUCCGUGCACUUGAAGGAAACUUGCUGGAUGAAAAACUGCUCAAACAAGAUGUGCACAAUCAACAUAGUGGUAAAACACUUGGGCUCAUCGCCAAAGAUAGCGAUGGCCAAGUUGCAAAAUUUAGUGCACUGACUGAGAAAACGGAAAUUAAGAAGUGUGUUAAGCGCCAUAAAAUACCAAAACAGAAGGUAUUUUCCCAUUACAGGUCUUUUUUUCAUUCUUGUAAAAUGCAUGUAAAGGAGAACUGCAAAUCCAACAAAGGUGCAUGCUCUCUACUACCUUCUAUUAAGCCUAGUGCCAUUAGCAAAUGGAAAAGAAGGAACAGAAGACAGAGACAUUUAGGAAUGAAAUCUUCUGUUUUGAGGAGUUGUAAACUAUCAUUUAUUCUCACUGGGGUUACAGAAAGUGUCCAAGCUGUAAUUAAAUUUGAGCUUGUGGAGAAGGCUAUUGAGAAGGAUAAUGAGUUAUUAAAUUUAGAAAGUGCUGUACAGAAUCUAACCGGUUCAGGUUCUAAUAUGAAAGUUGAGGUUAUUGAUGUUCCAUCGACAAAUACUGAUUUGGAAGAUAUAAAAGCAUUUGAAGAAAAUGAUGGAUCUCCUGGUCAAGUUGGUGACAGUAGGAUUCUGAAGUAUACCUUCCAAAGGAAGCGAAAAAAAGAAUCUUUGGGAAACACAGACCAAAACAUUGAUUCCGAGAAGAGCACAGCGAAGAGGAGGGUGGAGGAAAAACAAAAUGGUGCAUCGGUACCCAGAAACCUAGCAUAAUUGAUGAACCCUUCGGAGAUAAUCUGUACGUGGCUUAGGUUUGCUCAUCAGUGUAUAUCUUUUUCCGGCAGACGGUGUUGAUAUCAACAUGGAUGCUCAAGGCUUGAGGAUUCAACUAUAGCGAGGCUUUGAAGCAAAUAACAUUUUGAAGGUGGUUCUUAGUCUCUGAGGACAUCAACAAGUACAAGUACAUACCAUCUAACUGCAUCGAAUUUCUAAUGAAGAAGUGUCAUUGAUAAUCGCUUGCUAUUUCUGUCAACAGCUAGUCAUCCUAGCUUUCGCAAUUUUUUUUUAUAAUUAUUCCUGUGUUUCUAUCCAA